GAGUCGGCAAAAGCUCUCUGCUUGGAGGAAGCAUUUGCUUUGGAUCAAAUUCGACAAGAAGACUUCCAAACGCCAUUUGAGAUUAUUUUACAGAAUUCAAAUAAACCCAAAAAAACAUUUUCAAUAUGGCAAUAUCAUUCUUCGUUUCCUGGCAGUUGUGGGAAAAGAUGACAUUUGUUUUGGGGUGUGCUAUUGUGGCAGUUUUUUGCGCGGGAUAUAUCAAGUUAUUAUGGACAAACAGAAUAGUUGCUAGACAAGAAAUUAUCGAUGAGGAAAAGCGCAUGAAGAUUCAAGAAUUACGACAAAGUGGUCAAUUUGUCGAACCCAUGAAGGGCGUCGAUAUCCCCUUUGGAGUUCGUGCCAUUCAAAGUGGUAUUCAAGUGGAUGGAAUAUGGAUAUCUGGAGCCAACACUCCUGUGCCUAGCAUCAAACUUCAGCGCCAUUCAUCUUUUGAACUUUCUUCUCCAAAUUCAAACUCCAACGCACACGCAUCUCCCGAUAGUUACAAUCAUCCCACACCUCCCAAAGCCGGUCAACCAAACUUCCGAUAUAGCGAAUCUGCAGUACUCUCAAGCCACAGAAGUAUUAGUGAUGAUGAUACUCUUAUCACCGAUCCUCGUAGUUCAUCUCGCCAACGAGCAACCUACAAGCCAACAAAGUCGUCUCAAUUACGUUUUGGGACAGUCGGAGAACAUCAAUAUGAUGAAGAAACACUUGGUCAUCUCGUAGGAAAUUCAGAAAAUGGUAGAGUUUAUACUCAUAAACCUCGAGGAGGUCAUCGAUCAGAUGCAUCAAUCUCACUAUCACUCUCCGAUGCUGCCGCCGCUGCUGAUAAUGAACGCUCAUCUGGUACUUCUGAUGAUUCUGAUGAAACUUUUUCUCGUGUUAGACAUCCACAACCGAAUCGACCUUUCAAUUAUCCUACCCGAACUCCUUCUCCAGAAGUCUUGACUCCCGCAUUUCCAUCAUUCUCUCACCAACCAACAACUAAAGGCAAGGGUCAAUAUUCUUCAAUUCCUCUUUUCACAGAGGACGAUGAAAUGGAUCCAUUUGCAUCGCCUCAUCUACGUGGUAUGGAUAGAGGACAUGGACCUAACAUUCAGCCGGUUGAAGAUCAACGCUAUACUGAUAACACCAUCGAGUCUCGGGCCCCGCUUCUUAAGAGUCGCUCUCCAUCUUCGCAAUUCAUACCUGGAGAACUUCAUCAGAAUAAGACAAUUAGGAAGGUCAACUCUGGUUUCGAGAUUUUGCCUGCAGGCACCUUCGGUACUCAACCAGUUGUAGAUAUCAAAGGAAAAGGUGUUAAUCGUCAUGAGAGUUGGAAUGUCAAUCACUCUGAUUCACUUGCACCACUACACCCAAACAAGCUACAGAAAAAGACAAGAUUUUCAGUGGUUUGAAUGGUGACCAAAAAAAUAGAGUGAAGUAGUUGGAAGAGAUGUUGAUAAGAUUUGACUCAAAGAUUUCACGAAUGAACGAUAAGUAAUGGAGUAAUGGGCGUGCAGAGCAAUUCAAGCAUCAUUGGCGUUAGAUAUUACUGGGAUGGUGUUAUAUCAAAUUUGGCUGGUGGGGAUUAGAAUCGCUUUCAACAUUUCAUAGCUGAAAAUCAACGGUGUCUGAAGGGAAUGGGGAAAAUGGUGCAUUUGAUUUGUGAGGAGGGAAAUUUGGAAAGGAAAAUGAAUCA